UCUCAAGCUGUGAGAGCCCAAACACUGCAGCAAUGCCUCUUCCCGGUGUGUGUCUGAACAUCUUGGAGGCACGUCACAAGCAAGAUGGUUAUGGGUGCUUUGCCAACCCGGAGAAGUUCCUCAGGCAAGACUUCCAGGAGCUGAAACAGUACUGUGUCAUACGAGGAGUAAGGUUCAUAGACAAGAUGUUUCCCCCUGACGGAAACUCCAUCGGCGAAGGACUACUGAGCCCUUCUGACAUGGCCCGUGUGGUGUGGCUGAGACCAGCGAAAAUUGCUCCUAAUCCAUCCUUCAUACUUGAUGGGAUCUCCAGGUUUGACUUUGGCCAAGGAAUACUUGGAAACUGCUGGUUUCUUGCAUCUAUUGGAGCUCUGACAUUCCAGAACACCGUCCUUGGGCAAGUUGUUCCUAUUGAACAAACAUUUGAUGAGAAUUACUGCGGGCUGUUCCACUUCAGGUUUUGGAGAUUUGGAAAGUGGGUGGACGUCGUCAUUGAUGACAAGCUACCGACAAUAAAUGGGAGACUAAUCUUCGUUCACUCCAAAGACCAAAAUGAGUUCUGGCCUGCUUUGCUGGAGAAAGCCUAUGCCAAGGUGUGUGGUUCCUAUUCUGACAUGAGUACUGGGACUCCUUCAGAGGCUAUGGUGGACUUCACUGGUGGUGUUCACAUGUGCAUUAAACUGUCAGACCCCCCUCCAAACCUAUGGGACCUGAUGUUCAGAGCUGGCCAAUACAAGUCACUGAUUGGCUGUGGAACACCUCAAGGGGAGACAACUGCCAACACAGUACUGCCAAAUGGAUUAGUCCAAGGCCAUGCCUACACCAUCACGGGUGUGAAACAGAUGAUAAGCGAGGGGAAAGUAGUAAACCUGCUGCGAUUGUGGAACCCCUGGGGCAAAGGAGAGUGGAACGGAGACUGGAGUGAUCGGUCAUCUCUGUGGAAAACCGUGAGUGCUGAAGAUCGUAACCUCUGCCUUUCAGUGGCUGAUGAUGGAGAGUUUUGGAUGAGCCUAGAAGACUUCUGUAAGUUCUAUGAAGAUCUUGACAUCUGCUCCUUGUCUCCCGACUUCAUUGAUGGAAACUCCUCUCAUCGCUGGAAGACCUCCUUCUAUGAGGGGAGAUGGCUUGCAGGAACAACUGCUGGAGGAUGCAUAAAUAAUAGAGACAGUUUCUGGACUAAUCCACAGUAUCGGGUCAAGAUUGACGGUGAACAUUCAGGGAAAGAUGGCGAGAAAAACAUGCUGGUGUCUCUCAUGCAAAAGCCUGACAAGAGGCACAGACGCCUGAUCAAAACUCUCCACAUCGGAUUCUCUGUAUAUAAGAUAACUGAAAUGUCAAUUUUUUUUUCACAGUACAAGGCACAGAGGGGAAAGUUCCCAGCCUCUUUCUUCAGCAGUCAUGCACCUGUUGCCCAAACUAAACUCUUUAUGAAUGCACGUGAGGUAAUGGAGUUCUUUAUGCUGAAGCCUGGUGAAUACCUGAUUGUGCCAUCCACCUUCAAUCGCAAUGAGACAGCCUCCUUCAUUCUGAUCAUCCACUCCAAGGCAGAGGCCCAUGGCUUUGAGAAUUCUGGUGACCUCCAACAUGAGCCAGUUGAAAAGCUUGAAAAGAUCACAAAUGUAACGGAUGAUGAAAAUAAGAAAAACCUUUUCCGUCAAUACUCCGACAAGUAUGAAGAGGUGGAUGCUGAGCUGCUGCAGAACCUGCUAAAUGAAAACAUCCUGAAAGGAGACUUGAAAACUGGCGGCUUCUGCGUUGAUGCCUGUCGCAGCAUGGUCGCUCUGAUGGAUACAUCAAUCACAGGCAAACUGAACAGUAACGAAUUUGUUCAUCUGUGGAAGAAGAUCGUCAAAUUCAAGGACAUUUUCUUCCUCACUGAUGUUUCACGAACAGGAACACUGUCACUGAGUGAGCUGAGGAAUGCAAUUGGAGCUUCAGGAAUGAGGAUCAGUGAUGACAUGCUUAAUUUGAUGGCUCUGCGCUAUGGUGCCUCCUCUGGACACAUGACGCUGGAAAGCUUCAUCAGUCUCAUCCUUCGUCUCGACUGCAUGAACAAAAUCUAUAAAAAGCUGUCUGAUGGAAAAUCCAUGAGUCUUCGAGAGUCAGAGUGGAUUUACAUUUCAAUGUACACUUAACCCAACCAGGAAGAUGGACUGAACAAUUCAUCUGGAAAUGGAAUGUUUUCUUUUCAAGGUCCAUUCCUCUGCAGGAAAGCUAUUACACAGUAUGUGUAUGUAAUGUAACUAAAGGGUAUUAUCUUUUUAUAUUCAAAUAAAAAUUUGUGUUAAACAUAACAUUACCUAUCCUAUAACAUGAAGGUGAAACACCUUUGUAGACUUUAUCUUAGACUGGAGAUGGAAUCUUAUU